AUGAGUUCUGACGAGCCCCGAUCUCAGAUCGUUUAUGACGAUCCAGGAAGUGUUACAGACAUUCGAAAGCGAUUUGGACAAAUAAAAGGCGAAAGUGCCGCUCAGUUCAGACCGAAACCCUUGAUCUCCCCUCGCCCGCGUCCCGGAUCCAUCAAAGACGGAUCUCUGUCGCCAAGACCGAUCACUCCUUCUCGAAAAAGCUCAAGCUCAAGCUCAGGCAAUCGAUCAUCCUUCAAUUCCUUCAAAGAUCGUCCCAACUCAGAAGCUUACGAAUCAAUCCACGAGGAUUUCACUCAAUCAACUCAAAUUGCUCAACAACAGUUCGAAAAUUCGCAAUUCGAUUUUCCGAAACCGCCACCUCAAGUAGCGAGCCAAAAGCCUGCUUUGAGACCGAAACCAGCGUUGCCAGCGAGGAAAUUUGAAAGAAGAAGAAGUUCAAAUGCAUCAUCUGUUUAUGUCGUUGAAUCUGCACCGAACGAUGCGCUUGUGGAAAAAAUGAAUGCAAUUUCGUUGAGCGAAACGGAUGAUUUCGACGAAGCUGUCCGUGAAUUCUACAGAAACUUGCAAAUCUUCGAAUCAACCCGAUAA